GAUUUUGUUGACAGGACGCUAAGUGCACAUUUUUUUAAAAACAAAGUAAAAUACAUUUUACAAUAAUUUUAAUUUGUUUCCUUUUGAAAUGGAAGACGACUGUUGUCGAAUUUGUUUAUCCAAAACACAAAUACUUGAACGCCAAGAUUUAUUUCUGGGAGACAAUAAUUUAAGCGUUCUUGGACAAUUGUACGAGGAAGUUCUAAACAUAUCACUUGGUGAUGAACAAAUUACUAUCAAAUACAUUUGUAAUAGUUGUGGUCUUCAGUUGAAGUUGUUUAAACAACUGAAAAACAAAGCCUUUGAAUCAUUUUUGUUUCUCACGGAAUUAUUUAGUCCUUCUAAGGAUGAUAAUAUUGCUGAGAAUGAGGAAAAUAUACAAUUCGAAACAAAUGAGAUGCUUACCGAUGAUGCCGAUGCAUCAUUGAGUUGCGAUCAGACAAAAGCCGAGUAUGUUGUCGAAAAUGAAGAUAACACUUCACUUCUCGAGUACAGAGACUUUCAGGAUAAUGAACAGCAUAACAAUAAACCAACUGAAGAAAAUGACAACACUGAAUCAGAUACAAUUGAAAAUGAUAUUGUUGAAAAUGAAAUAACUGAAAAUGAUGAUAUAAUUGCAAAUUACUCCGAUGAAAAUGCUGUUGUUAAAAACGAAAAUGAAAUGGAGGAGGAGAAUGAGGCUGUAGUACAAAUUGAAGAAGCCCAUCUGGAAGACGAAAAAUAUAGCAUUGAAGAAUUUAUUAAACAUGAAGAGAACAUUGCACUUGAUACCUCCGAUGAAGAGGUAUAUGAGGUUUGUUAUUUGGACGAUGAAGAUUUGGGUCUGGACAACUCUGAAAAAGAAAUGUCCCAAGGGGAAUACAACGAAGAGUAUAUGAUUAAGGAAGACAAACUUAUUUAUGAAAUUAACCCAAGUAAAAGACGAAAAGCUGUUAGAGAGAGUUUUCAGUGCCCACACUGCGAUGAAACUUUCGAACUGAAAUCACACUUAAAGAACCAUGAAAGAAAAGUGCAUUCAUUUUCAACUAAAAUUCAAUGCCAUAUUUGUAACAAGGGAAUGUAUUCAAAAGAAACAUAUGAAGCUCAUAUGAAUGUACAUAAUGGGUUGCCUGCGUAUCAGUGUAAUAUUUGUGAGAAGGCAUUCAAUCAAAAAGUCCACUACAAUUAUCAUAUGUUGAAUCAUAAAAACGAAAGGAACAAUAUCUGUGAUGUUUGUCAGAAAGGAUUCAUAAGCACUGGUGAUCUGAAAACACACAUGCGAAGUCAUACCGAUGAACGACGCUACAAGUGUGAUAUUUGUGAUAAAAGAUUCCGUGCACACACACAUAUGGUUAAUCAUCGUUAUUCACAUUUUGAAAAACAAUUUGAGUGUCCUGUGUGUUUUCAGAAAUACAUGUCCCCAAAUACUUUAAAGACACAUUUUAAAGAUGUUCACAGUUCAGAAGUUCCUUUUGAGUGUGAAUUUUGUGAGAAAAGAUUCAAGAGAAAACAUCAUUUACAAGCCCAUUACAGGACACACGGAAAGAUGAUAGGCAGUAUAACAAUAUUAGAUGAUUGAUGUUAAACUAUUAAAAUAUUAAAUAAAACAGUUAUUGAUUAAAUGUU